CACUGAGCUUACAUCCUAGAUAAAAGUAAGAUUUUAAAAUGAUGAAAACAAUCAGUAAAAUUGGGAAGAAAGAUAAGAAGAAGAGGAAGAAAGAGGUUGACGUUGAUCCCGAGAGCGAUGAAGUUAAAGAGGUUCUUCAACUCUUCAAUAAAAUAGAGGAGAUGGUGGUGGAUGGUGAUCCAAGGAUCAGAGUUGCUCUUAAUAAGAAACCAGCUAUACAGACACUCUUACGUGACGACAGUAGCAUGUAUGGCCUCUCACCUCGAUCCAUGAUUGUACAAGAUGGUCUCACCCUUGCAAAGGAAGCAACAAACAACUCCCUUUUAUCAAACCGUCAAUACUCCAUGCACGAGCCACAACAAACAGUGCAAUACAACCCAAUAAUGUCAAAUAGGCAGCAAAUGAUCAACAAUAAUAUACCACUUUCCAACAGAAACUUGGGCUAUUUGCAAACAAGUCCAAGAAAGACAUAUAGCAACUUACAGGUUCCGCAAAGAAACCAAAGAAGACAUAUCUUAGUUCCUCCGAUAACUAUACCUGAGCACAGUGCAAUGGAGGAUACAGCAGAUGAAUACCAAGAUGUCCGCCGACACCCAGAUGGGACAUUAGUGACUCUUAACAACACUUCAAUAUUAGAAAAACCUCCUGCAGUAGUUCAACCAGUUUUGUCGCCUAAACCAAAACCGAAACUGGUUAAUAACCAAGUAAGAAUACAACAGCAACAGCAGAUGCAGCAACAAGUCCCCCGGAAAACACAGCAGAGGAAAAUAGAGCCCCGAUUUAAAGAACAACAGUUCCAUUCAUUUAAUUACAAUUCACCACAAGGGAAAAGCAAUGUUCAAAUGGUUUUCUAUGAAGAGCAGCCAGAAUAUAAAGAAGCGGUUCAAAACGAAGAACCACAAUAUAUAGGAACUAUGGAAGCAGAAGAGAUAGUGGAACAACCAGUGCUUGAACCUGAAGAAAACAAACCUUUAAAACCUUCAUCACUUAACUAUCGGUCGGCUGUGAACAGAUCAAACGGAACAGAAUCAUUUUCGAAAGUUGUAGGAAAGGAAGGAGGCAGAAUUACUUGUUUUGGUUGCAGCGUUGAUAUUCCUAAAAAUGCGAUUGAGGAGAAAUGUUUGUUCCGACUUUCCAUUUUGGAUGUUUCACAAAUCCCACACCAGUUAGAUCGCGUUUAUCACUGGUAUGAUCCAAACUUUUCAUCUGCUGUCAUGGCCAUUUCACCAGCUGUGAGAAUCGAUCCAUCAAAUGCCAAACUACUUAAACCAGUCACAGUCAAACUACCAACAUGUAUUGCUGUGGAAGGACAGAAACUGGCCAAAGGUGAAGAAACUAUGAGAGCAGUGAAAGAGAAUUCAGAUAUAGAAGUUGGUGACAUCUCAAUUAAGAAAAGAGAUUUAAAUUCAAAUGAGGUUUGGGUAGAUUUUGAAACUGAAACGUUCCGAUCAUCAGACAGUGUGUCAUUCAAUCUACAACAGCUAGGUGAUGUCUGUGCUUUCCAUAACUCCAAUGAUGAGGAGAAAAGUCUAAACAAGCGUCUGUCACUGUUUGCAUUUAAAAGUAUGGACCGUAGAAAGAAUCAGUUUCUUUCCAUACUUAUAUGUGAAGAUCUACCCCAUGUUGUACAGAAAGGUAUAGAGUCCAUGCCACACUGGUUGGCGUAUACAGACAGCUGCUUUAAUGUGAUAAUGAAAGAAGGAAUGAAUGUUGAAAUAUUUGUUCAACCAAAAGACAGAUCCCUUUGCCAUCUUGAUGCAAAUAAACUGGAAAUUCCAUGGGAGAACUUAUGGCAUCCUGAGUGUAUUGUAAGGAAACAUAUAAGAGUUACUCUACUUACUAGAGAGACAGAAACUCAUGUUCAAUUACUGAUGAAUGAAGGAGAAGUUAAACUUGAUACAGCUUUUGUAUGGCAGGUCAAAUACCGUUCAAUACACCUUCCUGAUUUGAUGACCACUGACUCGAGUAACCUUGAUUACGCAACAGAGGACAAAUGGGAGACAGAGGAAGCGGAGAAAAGAAGAUUAGAUCAUGAGAUGUACAAGAGAGUUACUUGGAAACCAGCAACACCAGUUUCUAAGUUUAUAACCAAUAAAGGGUUGCUAAAUUAUGCAACCAUGUAGCAAAUCGCAAAUGCAGAACUUUUUAAGUUUUUGCUUAAACUAGGUUGCAAAGAUUAGUUUGGUGUAAUGGAGCUGUUAAAGUCACAGCAGAAAUAUUUAUUAGCCCCAGAAGGACUAUAUAGACUGAAGAAUAGAUAAAAUGUUGCUAUACAGUACUGUGGGGGAAGCACACAUUAUCUAAAUAUUCUAAUUGAGUUUUAAACAAUUAACAACGGUCUAUGGAAGUCGAGAGAACACGCUUUUAUAAUUCUGUAAAUGUUAUUGUUU